UGCAGGGAUAUGGUCGACAUAUUUGGGAAAUCCUUGGUGACGGAGAUCUUACAGGAAUGCCCAACGGAGCCUGUGCCAGGAUUGCGCAGUCCUGCUAACGGGCCCCUUGCUCCAACAGGCGCCACAUCGCAAGAGAACACACAGUCAGCAUCUCAACACAACGCUACAGAUACACCGCCCAAUGUUGAGUCUCAAGAUGCCAACAUGCAAGAACCCGACAGCACCGAAGACCAGACCACGCCCAUCAACUCGUCCAUGUCCAUCAAUCCCAAUGGGAUCUGUCGUAUCAGGUAAACAAAAACGUGCCCGAGUAGGGCAAACUGAGCCUGCAGAGACCAAAAGAACCAUCGAGUUCGAUGAGGUCUUCCAAGACGGGAACGCCGCUAUAAAGCAUACAAUAGUCCAGUUCCGUGACGAGUGGUACAUUCUUCUGUGCGAUGAGCACGGACUCAGUUUCAAACAUCAUCCCAUCAUGUCGGCUGCCAAGCAUCUCAACGGGAGGGCUCACGGUAAGCUGCCUAAAGACCACGAAAUGGCCAUCAAGCACCUUGGUGUUCGUGUUCUAAACUGCAGCGCAAAACUCGCAGAGGAGAACAAUAGGGUAUGUCUGGUGGCAUAUCGAACGGGAUACGACCCGUCAAAGUUGCGCACGCGAACCAGGAACAAAUCUGAAUCCAUUCACGUCUCGCCGCUUCUCGAACAAACAGAUCAACAUGUAGACGCGCCGUUGGGCAACAGGGGAAGCGCAUGUGUGAAUGGUAGGAGCAAGAGUGGCCGGAGACCGCGAAAAAAAUUUGAUGGAAUUGUUGAUCCAACCCCAGGCGGCAUUUAUCUCGGAUACUGGUCAAAGUCCAGGGAAUGGCAAGCUGUACUCGUCCUCCCUGGAGUUACCACCGAGCAACCCAUUGAUAUUGGCUUCUCAGGCACAAUCCAGGACCUAGGUCUCACAGAACAACUACCGACGUGUUACACUUAUGAUCCCCAGACGGGUAUUCUUGGUUGGCAAGAGGACUACAAAGAUGGGGGUCCUUUGGUUACAGAGCGACAAUUUCCCGUCAUGUACUUUGAUGGCUUGGAUUUUCCGAGUGAAAGCUCAGUUGGCUGGGUGGCAGCCAACGAUCUCCAGUCUGUUGAUACUCAAGAUUCCAGCUUCGAGCUAACUCCUCACUUCAAAUCAGUCCUGGAUUUUUUGGAGACCCAAAGAAGCAAACAAGCCGAGAAUUCAAAUCUCAAGAACAUGGAGCAAACGGAAUUGAGACUGGACCCGGCAGACAUCGACACUCUGGAUUCUACGGUCGCCACCGCACCAGCGGCUUUGCCGGCAGAACAAAGCCAAGAGGAACAGUCAAAUCCCCAACCUGGCCUCAGCCAAAAUAAUUCUCAAUCAGAUGACCAAGAGGCGCCACUGUCGUCCGAAGAAGGCCGCAUCAACAGCGUGGCGGGCAUACCAUCGAGCAGAGCUGACUUUCAUCACAACCCUAGUGCCGAUCCGAAGAUUCACCAUGAAAAUCAGAACCCCAACGUUGUGGCCAUAAUCAGCGAUUUCUCCAGCAAUGCAGCUUCGACAGCGGCCACAGGAACUCCUCCAGCUGGCGACCGGCCCGAACCCGUCAUCUCACCUUCGAUGUCUUUUUCUGUACAACCAGUCACGGCUCCAACCCCAGACAACCAAGGUGGACGUGACAGACCGCUCGGGAAUAGAAAAUUGCUCCAAAUGGCAGCUGAUGGCUGCAGACUGAAUGGGUGGUUGGACCGAGACGGCCCUUCAGCAGUGGAGGAAGUGGAUGGAACCCGAGCAGCCGCAAGCCGACAAAGUCGCAUUUCACCACUAGCAGACGGUCCAAUCCAUCCAAGUCAAGCCCAUUUUGCACCAGGCCCACUUCGAUUUCAAGCGAAGGACCAAGGGAAAGACACGGAGUCACCCCCAAUUGCAAUGCAGGCUACGGAGCGACCUAAGAUUGAUGAUCAGCGCCUCGAUCUAUUGAGACAGCCGCACAGUGCCGAGGGUCCGACAUCUUUUCACAAAGAGCACCCCCAUACAUCAAAUGUCGUAUCGAACGAUGAACGCGAUAUUCAAGCAGGACCACCACAAGGACCCGGGUCCUCCCCCCUUCACCGAUCAAGCUUCGUCCUCCCCGUUCCGCGGAAUCUCAACUUAGGCCUCACAGUACCAGCAAUGUAUCAACUACAACCACUCAAUCCCAUGCCGCCCAAUCAGACAACCCCACAGCCAUUUCCCCAGUCUUAGUUAACUGACAAUGCACACUCAGUUGGCUGCCAAGAACCUAUCUUGAGUCCCGACUAUCGACUAGCCACGCUUCUCCCCCUCUCAAUACCAAGCAUGUCGACAAGACUU